UCAUUGAAGGUAGUACAGUAGGCUAUGUCGCAGCCGGAGAGGGAAUGUUUAGUAGUCCUACGGGUGAAAGGACCCGAACUCUGCCAGAAUGAGCUAUAAAGCCCAAGUUACCCAGGCUACUACGGACCAAUUUACAGCUCCCUCAAUGUAAAUCUGUGGAGGUCACUCUUAUCUCCUUGGAAUGUCGUCUGCGAUAACAUUUACUUAACAUCACUUGUCGUAGCUGGAUAGUUAAAAAUUAACUACGUGAUGGUAAAAUGUUAUAACUUUGUUUCAAGAUACAUGUUUCAAGAUCGCAUGUCAAGAAACCCGGCCUACUUUAACAUCCAAACACAGUUGUUUCCGAAGUUCAACUUCGACGUGGAACAGGUGUCUACCCCACCGUGAAGUUAGGUAGGCUGGGGCAGAGAAAAUCGAUGGGAGUGGCCGCAGCCAACACCUGUCCAACCUGUUUGUGACAUAUGACGCCGCCAGAUUUUAUCCUUUUAGUCCUUUGUUGAGGUUAUCUAAACGGAAGGAUGGCGGACCCGGCGACGAAUCCAGCUGCUACCUCUUUCCCAGCGGCUACCAUUUCGUUACCUCAGGGACCUGAUGUAUUGAGGACAUACUCCGGUGCCCUGAUAUGCUUAGAAAUAGUAUUUGGCGGUCUAGUAUGGAUCUUAGUGGCGUCAUCCAACGUACCUGUUCCUCUCCUGCAAGGGUGGGUGAUGUUUGUGUCGUUGACCAUGUUCUGCUGUUCCACGGCCUAUCUACUAUUGUUACUGCUGGGUUUGGCUGACAAAAUCAACACUAACUGGAAUUUCCUGGACAUGUUCUACCAUUUCAUAGCGUUGCUUUUCUACUUUGGUGCCUUCCUGUUGGAGGCUGCCACUACGUCUGCCUCUGUGGCCCUCCCCACCUCCAACACCAAUGUGUGUCUGGACAUCCCAAGUGGCAACAUUCUCACUUUCAUGAGUUCCCAGCAGUACAGCAUCAACGUGGCAGCCUCAGUAUUCGCCUUCAUAGUGACCAUGUGCUACGCUUGCAGCAUGAUUAUGGGGUUCAAACGAUGGAGAGUCUAACAGUGGACAUAUAUAUGAAUACAUACUGUACAUAAGUGCAUACAUAUAUACAAACAAACAUACAUAUAUACAUACAUACAUACCGUACAUAUAGUAUACUGUAUAUACAGUACAUACAUACAUGUUCUCACUCAAACCCUCAAACUCACAUUCUUACAUGCUGCAGUGUACGUAUUCCCAUGCAUUCAUGUUGUUCAUACAUUGUCAUAUACAGUACAUUUAUACAUGGUUACUACUGUACACUGUGCCCAGGCUCUGAAAAGAGAGAGGGAGUUGGGAGGUUGGAUUUAUAACUAAAUUCAUUACUAUCAUAACUUAAUUACCAGUAAACACACACACUGUGAUAGGGAUCCAAGGCAGUCAUCAACAGUGACUGCAUGUUGUUGGAAGGGAGAUGUGCUGAUUGUGGCAUGAGCUAUGUGUAGACCUAAAGUAAAGAUGACCCUAGCUGUGUAUGGAAAGAAGACUUUGGUGAGACACUCGUAGCAUAUCUUAUCAGCUAUUCAGUGCUAAAGUCCACCCUCCUUGCAAUGUGCAGAUAACGGGCACUAUUACCAAUGACCAAAAUAUAUGUUUAGCGUGCACUGAGAUUGAGAUGUAUUAUAACAUUUACAUUGUAUGGUCUUUAACAUUUACACUGUAUGGCAGGAACCUAGUAGAAGGGCGAGGGGAAACACGUCUUCUAAUCCAAUUUCAAUUUGUUGAAACAAUGUUUCAUACCACCAUUCUGCAGUAAUGUCCUGUACAGGGAAGUGUAACACUCCCUUCGGAGUAAAUGUUACAGACCCCCCUGUAAUACAUCUCAAUGCACGCUGUACGUAUAUUGUGCUAUUUUAUACGUGCUAUUUUCUGUCUUAAAUGUACAGAGGUUAAAUGCCUUAAACUAACUCCUCCGUUGUGCUGUUCUUGAAAGUACACGUAAGUCUGUAUAUUAAAUGUAUUCAGUGUUGCCCACACCUACGGUAAUUACGUAUUUAUAGGUCAAGUAUUUCAGAUUGAAACGCAGUAAAUUAUGUAAUUGUAUGAAACAAAUCAUGUGCACUGUUAUUAGCAUACAGUAGCCCUAUGUACUGAAUUUGUUAGGAGGGGCACUUCCGUUCAGGCUGGGUGAAGAUAUAUUUAAUAUUAUUAUUAUGAGGACUGUAUUGCACUGAUAAUAGUAAUGACAGCUAUAUCUAAUCAACUGUAUUAGAUUAAUCAUGUUGAAAUACAGCACAUUGCCCUUUGUCCGUCACAUAUGAUUUAUGAGUCUAUAUCCACUAGUGUUUCCAUCACUAUUUCUAUGAUGUAUUUUGUAAUAAAUGAAAAAAAAACUGUA